UCUCUCCGACAACAACAACGUGGUUUCCGACAAGGCCGUGACUCAGUCAGUCGAGGAUUUGCUCCGGCGGGUGACGUGCCAAGUGUUCGGCGUGCGUGCGUGUGAGUGUCCGGGCGGCAUGAAGAAUUGCGUCCGAGAGUGAAAAUGAACAGCAGCAGGCCUUGCGGUUGGAGCAGCGACGGCGACGACGACUCGAGCAGCAUCCCGUACGCGGACGCGGACAGCGGUGACUUGAGGGUGCGGUGGGACACGUCCGAGGAGAGCAGCGCGGACGAGGAGGCGGCGGCCGCGUGCAGCGGCGUCGACAGCUGCAGCCUGAACAAUUUGCUGGACGCGCUGGCCGAGGCGGAGGGCGGCGUCGCCGCCGCCCACUCCUUCUCCACGCUGCUGGACAGCGACCUGGACGUGCCGGACGCGCCCUCCGUGGCCGCCGCGCGGGCCAGGGCGCGCGGACACACGCUGCCCAAGCAGCGGGUCAAGUGGGACGACGAGCCGGACGCCGGUGUCCAGCUCACCCCGGACGAACUCUACUACUACUGUCCGCGCAAGGCCAGCCACAACAACAACGGCUCUUUGCUCAAGCAGCAGCAGCUCGCCGCCGCUGACAGGAGGAAAAAAAGUGCGACGCUCGACAACGCCGCGGCCCACGUGGACAGGUCCUACCUGUCGCGCCAAAAGGAACAAAUAGUGAGCCCAGUGGCGCAACCGCCCGGGAUGACGCGUCUGCAGCAGCGGUCGCCGUCGCCGUGCAGUCUGGACGGCGUGCCGCCCCCGCCGCCGCAGCCGCACUACAUCUCGACCCUGAGGGCGAACGCGAGGCGCGGCAACAGCCCCGAGAAGGACAAAGACCCACUGACGGCGCUACAGCGCUUCCUGCGCGCCCUCUACCGCGAGCUCGCCUCCCGCGACCAGCCGCAGCCCCCGGCGUGGGCCCCCGAACUGCCCCCGGGCACCCUCAGUCCGGCGUCGUUCCAACCGGCGCUGCGACUCGUCGCUCCUGGAGAAUCGGCAACCAUGAGGAUGGAUCAAUUGCUGACUGCACUGCGGAUGGACGAAGGCAUCCUGCUGGAGGCCCCUCGACGCGUGCUGAUCGAGGGUCUGCCUGGCAGCGGGAAAACAAGCCUGGCGCUGCGGCUGCUGCACUCGUGGGCCACGCACUCGGACCCCUGGCUGAGCAACGCCAUCCACAUCGCCCUGCUGAUCCCGCUGCGGGAGCUGCGGAGCUCAGGCCAAAGCCUGAGCCAGUUCAUUGGCAAGUCGCUGUUUCCCAGGGCGGCCCUGGGCAGCGGCAAGGACAGUUUCUCGCGGGUGUGGCGGCGUCUCAGCGCCCUCGAGGAGAAGCUGAUGAUCGUACUGGACGGUGACUACGACGACGAGCUGCUCACGGGCGACGCCACCGAACUGCUUGAAGGCCGCCUGCUGCCAGACGCGCGGGUCGUCAUCACCCUGUGCCCUGGCCGCAGGGCCAAUCUGCUCGCGCCGUUCGUGCAGCGCCGGGUGCUGCUUACCGGCCUCCAGCUCAACCACGUGGCCCGCCUCACACAGCAGUACUUUUUAGGAAAGCGCAUCCCGGACGGCGCCUCUCGGUUCCUGGACGCCCUGGGCGAGGAGAGCAACCCUUUGCGCGACCUGGCGACGUGGCCCCUGGGCUGGAUCCUGCUGUGCAUCAUGUUCGAGGAGGGCGGCGGCACGCUCCCUUCUCCGGACGCGCCGGUGCACGAAAUCUACAACGCCAUGUUCAAGUGCAUGGUGAGCCGGUGUCUGGCGCGGCGAGGCCAGAGCCCCACAGAGUCGGGCGGCGAGUUGCCGACGCACGCCAAGAAGCUGAUGGCAGAAUUCGGCAAGCUGGCGCUGUCGGGCGUGAACGCCGGCUGCUUUGUGUAUCAAGAGACGGAGAUAAAGACGGCGUGCCACGGACUGGAGAUCACUGAAUUGGGAUUUCUGACGCGAGGCCUCCAGUUCGGCAGGGGGGGCCGCAAGUUGGAGCACUUCCACGCGAUCCACCCGGCGUUCAGCGAGUACCUGGCCGCCUACUACGUCUCCUCGAUCGUGCACUACUCCAACAUUCUGCAGCGCGAGAUGGAGGAGAUCCCGGGCUUCCUGCACCCGGACACGCCGAGCCUGAUUCCGCGGGUGCUGAUGGGCCUGCUCGGCCGCAAGGGUUUCCUCGUGUUCGAGCAGCUGUGCCCGCUGGACGUGAGCAUCCGGGUGCUGUUCACGCUGCUGCGCGCGUGCGGCCCCGGCGACGCCAACGUGGCCGCCGUGUGCCGCCUGCUGCGCUGCACGGGCGUCGGCAGCUCCGGUGCUCAGGUCGUGCACACCUCUCCCGGCGAGCUGCUCGGCUGGAGUCUGGUGCUCAGCAGCGCUGCCUGUCCCCUGCAGGCGCUCGAGCUCAUCGUGCAGACCGAGAACGUCGACCCGGAAGCGUUGGACAAGUUUUUUUGUGCUUUAGCGGAGAAUGAGAGUGUCAAGGCUGUGCGCAUUUCGUCCCUGCUCGGGCACGAACUGUCGGCGACCCAAGUGAUCAAGCUGUCCAAGUACGUCGCGUUGACAGUGCCCAAGCCCAGACUGCAGACUUUUGAGCUAGUCAUCACCUGCGUCGAUGAGAUUCCUCCGGAUAGAUUUCAACCACUAGUAAACUCGCUGUCAGCGUGCCUGUCGCAGGGCGAGAUCAGCUGUCCGAAGCUGAGCAAACUGGUGCUGGACCUGAGCCUAAAUUCGUCGCAGCUGAGUCAGCUGUGCGCGGCGCUGGAGGAGACGCCGUCGGUAUCGGUACUGCAUCUUCCACACUUGGGCUGUGGCGCCGACGGACUGCGGGCGCUGGCGGCGUUGAUGCGGGUGCGUCCGCUGCUGGCGCUCAACCUGAGCGGCUCGUGGGGCGCGUUGGUGCGCGACGACCCGCCGUCGUCGAGCGGCGUCAGCGUCGGCAGCAGCAGCGGUUCGACGGAGCGUGCCAAGGGCUCGUCGCCCAAGGGCAGCAGCUACUUCUCGCUGCCCCGCUCGCACACCUACCACAGCUUGUCGCGCGGCCCGGCCUCCACCACCCUGCCGAGAGCGCCAGGCACCCCGAAAGAUGACAAGAGGCUCUCCGACACGGCCCUCUUCCAGAAGUACUGCCCGCCCAUCGUGUGCGAGGCGCUCGAGCACAGAACCGCUUCUGGCUUCCACGCCAUCUUCGAGUCCGCCAAGGACCCCAAUGUCUGCGUUCGCGCCCUCAACGUCAGCAAAUGCGCCCUGGGCGCCGAUGACGCCCUCUGCCUCGGCGAUGCCGUGCGCAAGUCACGCUCCCUGGCCGCACUCCGGUUGGAGGGCGCAUCAAGGUUGGGUGAGGUGCUGCCCGUGAUCCUGGCCCUGCCCGAGUCGCCUGGCCUGCAACUUCUCGACCUGGCCUCGCCCAGGAUAGUCUUCAUGGACGCACCGACGCAGCUGCUGUGUCACGCGCUCUCGCGCAGCCCCUCGUUGCGCCUACUCGGCCUCGACGGAUGGACUUUUAGAGUGGAGGAGGACGUGACUCUGAGCGCCCUGACGAGUUUCCUGCGGUCGACGGAGCUGCGAGACCUGGUGCUGUCGCACUGUCGCGUCCACAUCACCUGCGUCGAAGGUCGGCUGGCGCGUUUGGGCAAGCGCGACGACUACGAGGUGCGGGCGGAACUCCUGUCGUCACUGCCAGAGUUCGACGCGUCGAGCGUCGUCUUCCUGCGGCUGGCCGGCUUCGCGGUGGCGGUCAACGAGCACGUGGUGCUGCGCGGGCCGCACAUCCUGCCCUUCCUGCGCGGCUUCACGCGCCUCAGCGAGCUCGACCUGAGCCUCGAUCAGCACGGCGACCCUGACAAGGAGGAGUUCGUCGACGACAAGACGCUGGUGCACUUCAUCUCGACGCUGUCGCAGCACUUCCGCUCAUUGCAGACGCUGCGGCUGGGCGGCUGGAGGAUCAAACUCGAAGAGCCGGAAAGGUCGCUCAGGGCGGUUGGUCGGGCCCUGCGGCUGUGCUCCCUGAGCCAUUUGCGGGCCGACAACCUGAGCGUGACGGACGGCGGCAGGAACGCCAUCGAGCAUUGCUUCCUGCAGACGGCCGUGGCCAGUCUGGGCCUGCUCAGCUGGCUGGCCAUCGAGGGCGUCGGCCUGCAGCCGCACCAGGCCGCCACCCUCGGCAGGGCCAUCCGGGACCGCUUCGCCGGCUCCACCCUGAGGAUCAGCGCGCAGGACGUGGGCGCCGAGGCGGUCAAGGCCCUGAUCGGCGCCGUGCAGGAGGGCGCCAAGGCCGAGGUCACCUACCUGGGCGGCGCCGGAUGCAACCUCAGGAUCCAGAGGGUGGUCAAAAACCACAAAAUCAGGGGCAGACUGCGCAGGUUCACCUCCCUGAAGGAUUGAGACAUUUCUGCGUGUGUGGAACAAUAAUUUGUUUCGCGCGGUGGGAAAAUUGCAAUUUACUCUGGCUGGUGCGGGAGUGAUUGCUGUUGAUCGUGAGUAAUAAUUGCAGCGGAAGCGUCGAUACGAUCGAGCACGAGUGAACAGAGCUAGGGGGCUUCCUGUGUGAGUAAUCAAAGUUGACGGUGCUCAGUGUUAGAGGUUGACACACAAAGAGAAGUUUCGAGCGCAUAUUUUUCCGAUUUUCCUACGUAGCCAUAUAGCUGUUAAAAGAAUAGCCAGAAGCCUUUAUGCUUGUUAGUCACACACACACUCAUAUAAAUUUUGUUACUACCAUAUAUAUUCUAAAUGCUACUCGGACACAUACAGUUUGAUGCUUUUCCUACAUUUGCAUUUUUUUAAAAGCUCCUAGCUUGAAGGACUCUGCGCUUAACGAGAGCCGCUGCUCAAGCUGCAGGCUGCCAGGUCAUGAUUUUGAACCUUUUACAACAAAAGAACAAAAAUAUAGUCAAGUUUUCUACUUUUGUAUACUUUUACUUAAGCCGUAAAUAAAGUAAUGCGUUGGAAAAUAAUGUUGAAAUACUCACAUAAUUGCCCAUAAUUAUGAAACGAUUGGUACUGAAAAUAAAUAUACUCUUGUUAAUGUUAUAUAUCGAUUCAAAGAUGAAAAUUUAGUCCGCGCGUUGAUGAUUUUGAAAAAAAAGAUUAUAGCCCACGCAUGUAUUCGCGUUUUUGUUGCAAAGUUGGAGGACAUAUUGCACUUUUUGUGGAUAAAUAUAUACAUAUUCUCUGUGGCUGUGUUGUUGUUUUCCAUUUGUCCUCACAAAAGUGUUGAAAAUAAUUACGUGUAUAUUAUAUUAUAAGCCUAGCGCACAUCGUGCAGCUGCUUGUUGUUUCAAAAAAUAAAAUCAUUGUUGGCGAAGAGUGAAGUGGAGACGAGACUGCAGAGAGAGUGGUUUAUCAUUAAAAAUGCGACGUGCGUGUUACGUGCUCUUUUGACACUUUGACAAAUUCAUGAUAUUAUAUAUCAAGCUUGUUUUGUGUAUAUGGUAUAUAGUAGAACUGUGUCUUACGUCUAAAAUGGAACGCCUGCGACGGUGGCCCUGUUUUAAUUAAAUGUUGCGGAAUGUACAUAAAAUGUUAUAUAUACACACACACAUUAUAUAUGGAUGGAACAAAAUACUUUGAAUCUCUCAUUCCAAAAUUUCAACGUCGGAUUUCAUUUCGACGCUGAUUUUAGAACAAAUCGCGUUUGGCGCUCUACGCAAAGUCUGUGUACUCAUCACUCGUAAGUUGUACAUUUCCUCUCGGUCCAAAGAUGCCAUGUUUCAGAUUUUAUGUAAAUAAAAGAAUGACGUUUUCAAUCUAAA